AUUGCAACACCUAUAGUGAAAAUAAGAAGAUGAGACUUGCUAUUGCCGAAUUUACCAAUCAUGCUGGUGAUUGGUACCAACAUCUCAAAUCCGAGAGAAGAAGAAAAGAGGAGGAUCCAAUAGAGACAUGGGAAGAACUUAAAGAAGCCAUGAGAAAAAGGUAUGUUCCAAAACAUUAUGAAAGAAAUUUGAAAACUAAAUUGCAAGGUUUGAGGCAAGGAACAAAAAGUGUGGCGGAAUAUUAUCAAGAGAUGGAAACUAUGAUGGAAAGAGCAAAUGUUAGAGAAGAAGAAGAAGAUACCAUGUCUAGAUUCCUUGGAGGUUUGAAUCGAGAAAUUGCUCAUCUUGUUGACAGAAAUCCACCACCAUAUCUGGAAGACAUGUAUCAUUAUGCUCUCAAAAUUGAAGACCAAUUGAAGGAAGAAAAAGAGCAUUCAAAAAGGUACACAUCACGAACUAACAUCUUUUCAAAUUCUAAAACUUGGAACAAGGAUAGUUUUGUGAAUAGAAAUGAAUCAAUGUCACCAAAAGAAAAGUUUGUGGCUGCUAAAAGAGUGGAGGCUGAGAGUUCCAUUGGUAAAAAGAAUGAAGCUUCAAAGACGGUAAAGGAGAAGUCUAGUUCUAUUCAAUGUUGGAAGUGCAAAGGGUUUGGACACAUGAGGAAAGAGUGUGUUAAUAAAAAAAUUAUGGUGAUAAGGAAUGGUAUACUUGAUUUAAAUGAUGAAUGUGAGGAUCAUGAUUCACAUCUUGUGGAAGAAAUCGCAGCAUAUGAUGAUGAGUAUGUUGAAGAAGGUAAUUUCAUAUUUUUUAUCACAAGAAGGGUACUCAAUGUUCAAAUCAAGGAAGAGAAAUUUGAAGAUCAGAAGGAAAACUUGUUCCACACAAGAUGUUUGAUCAAAGGAAGCCCAUGCAGCUUGGUGAUUGAUAGUGAAAGUUGCACAAAUGUGGUAAGCAGCUUCCUUGUAAAAAGACUUCAACUUUCUGUCCAUCCACAUCCAAAACCAUACAAACUUCAAUGGUUGACAAACGAAGAAGAAAUUAAGGUGAACUCCCAAGCUCUUAUUUCUUUUACUCUUGGAAGAUAUAAAGAUGAAGUCCUUUGUGAUGUCGUACCAAUGCAUGUGGAGGACAUCUUGUUCGGCCGAUCUUGGCAAUAUGAUAGAAAGAGAAAAAAAGAAAAGAAUGUGAAGAACCACAGUGGAGAGAAGAAACUAAGGUAA